CAACAAUGGAAGAAACAGCUAUAUGGGAACAACACACAGUGACUCUUCACAGGGCCCCUGGAUUUGGAUUUGGUAUUGCGAUAUCUGGAGGAAGAGAUAAUCCUCACUUUCAGAGUGGUGAGACAUCAAUAGUUAUUUCUGAUGUGCUGAAAGGAGGCCCAGCAGAAGGACUGCUGCAAGAAAAUGACCGUGUUGCAAUGGUUAAUGGAGUUUCAAUGGAUAAUGUCGAGCAUGCAUUUGCUGUUCAGCAGCUGAGGAAAAGUGGGAAGAAUGCCAAAAUUACUAUCCGAAGGAUGAAGAAAAUUCAGAUUCCUGUGACUCGACCAGAACCUGAACCAGUGUCUGAAAACGAGGACGAUAGCUACGAUGAAGAGAUACGUGAUCCAAGAAGCAGCCGUGGUGGUCCAAGUGCCAACAGAAGGCAUGAGAAGAGCUGGGUAAGAGAUCGAAGUGCUAGCAGAGAAAGAAGCUUAUCACCAAGAUCGGACAGAAGGUCUGUUACUUCCAGUCAGCCUGCAAAACCUACCAAAGUAACACUGGUGAAGUCAAGGAAAAAUGAAGAGUAUGGUCUACGGUUGGCAAGCCACAUAUUUGUGAAAGAAAUAUCACAGGAUAGCCUGGCAGCAAGAGAUGGCAAUAUUCAGGAAGGAGAUGUUGUACUAAAGAUAAAUGGCACAGUGACGGAAAAUAUGUCCUUAGCCGAUGCAAAAACACUAAUAGAGAGGUCAAAAGGCAAGUUGAAGAUGGUUGUUCAGCGAGAUGAACGAGCCACACUGUUGAAUGUCCCUGAUCUUUCUGACAGUAUUCAUUCUGCUAAUGCUUCAGAAAGAGAUGACAUUUCAGAAAUUCAGUCGCUGGCAUCAGAUCAUUCCAACCGAUCACAUGACAGGCCCCGCCGCAGUCGUUCACGAUCUCCUGACCAGAGGUCAGAGCCUUCAGACCAUUCCAGACAUUCUCCACAGCAGCCCAGCAACGGCAGUCUUCGAAGCAGAGAAGAUGAGAGAAUAACUAAACCAGGAGCUGUCUCUACACCUGUAAAGAAUGCAGAUGAUAUUUCUAAAACAAUGGAAGAGGUGGCAGUUGAAAGAACUGAAAAACAAACUCCACCACUCCCAGAACCAAAGCCAGUGUAUGCACAAGGAGGUCAGCCAGAUGUGGAUUUACCAGUCAGUCCAUCUGAUGGCCCUUUACCCAAUUCAACCCAUGAAGAUGGAAUGCUUCGGCCAAGCAUGAAACUGGUAAAAUUCAGAAAAGGAGAUAGUGUGGGCUUGCGACUAGCAGGUGGCAAUGAUGUUGGCAUAUUUGUAGCUGGUGUUCUGGAAGACAGCCCUGCAGCGAAAGAAGGAUUAGAGGAAGGGGACCAGAUUCUCAGGGUAAAUAAUGUAGACUUCACAAAUAUCAUCAGAGAAGAAGCUGUCCUUUUUUUGCUUGAUCUUCCUAAAGGCGAAGAAGUAACCAUUUUGGCACAGAAGAAAAAAGAUGUUUAUCGUCGCAUCGUUGAGUCUGAUGUAGGGGAUUCUUUCUAUAUCAGAACUCAUUUUGAGUAUGAAAAGGAAUCUCCUUAUGGACUAAGUUUCAACAAAGGUGAAGUGUUCCGGGUUGUGGACACUCUGUACAAUGGCAAACUGGGUUCAUGGCUGGCAAUUCGGAUUGGCAAGAAUCAUAAGGAAGUCGAAAGAGGUAUCAUACCUAACAAAAACAGAGCUGAGCAACUAGCUAGUGUACAGUACACGCUUCCAAAGACAGCAGGAGGAGAUCGAGCGGAUUUUUGGAGGUUCCGAGGCUUGCGUAGCUCAAAAAGAAAUCUCCGAAAAAGCAGAGAAGAUCUUUCUGCCCAACCUGUUCAGACAAAGUUUCCUGCCUAUGAAAGAGUUGUUCUUCGGGAAGCUGGGUUUCUCAGACCUGUAACCAUUUUUGGUCCGAUAGCUGAUGUUGCACGGGAGAAACUUGCUAGAGAAGAACCAGAUAUCUUUCAAAUCGCAAAAAGUGAACCAAGAGAUGCUGGUACUGACCAACGUAGUUCUGGCAUUAUUCGUCUUCACACUAUAAAACAGAUAAUUGAUAGAGACAAACAUGCUUUAUUAGAUGUCACUCCUAAUGCAGUGGACCGUCUGAAUUAUGCUCAGUGGUAUCCUAUUGUGGUUUUCCUAAAUCCUGAUUCCAAGCAGGGUGUAAAGACUAUGAGAAUGAGGUUGUGCCCGGAAUCACGAAAAAGUGCUAGAAAGCUGUAUGAAAGAGCUCACAAGCUACGCAAGAAUAAUCACCAUCUCUUUACAACUACCAUUAACUUGAAUUCAAUGAAUGAAGGAUGGUAUGGAGCUCUGAAGGAAGCAAUUCAGCAACAACAGAACCAACUAGUGUGGGUUUCAGAAGGAAAGGCAGAUGGUGCCACAAGUGAUGACCUUGAUUUACAUGAUGACCGUCUGUCUUACCUCUCAGCUCCUGGUAGUGAAUAUUCUAUGUACAGCACAGACAGUAGACACACAUCUGAUUAUGAAGACACAGAUACAGAAGGGGGUGCUUAUACUGAUCAAGAACUGGAUGAAACUCUGAAUGAUGAGGUUGGGACUCCUCCUGAGUCUGCUAUUACACGUUCUUCUGAACCUGUUAGAGAGGAUUCUUCUGGAAUGCAUCAUGAAACUCAAACUUACCCUACUUAUGCAUCUCAAGCUCAGCCACAGCCAAAUCUCAGAAUAGAUUCUUCAGGAUUUAAAACAACUACUACUACUCAGCCGAAAGCAGAAGCCUCACCUGCAGUCCCUUACCUUUCCCCGUCGCCUGAAUCAAACCCUGCAACCUCAUCAACCUCUGCAGUAAAUGCUAAUGUAAACCUAACUAAUGUCAGACUGGAGGAGCCUACCGCUGCUCCUUACAACUCUUACCAACCACAAGCGGGCCCCUUAAGAACAUCAAGUACUGAGGGAGCUCAUAUAGUCCUAAGAGAUCAAGAGCCAUCAUCCUUAUCGCCGCAUAUAGAUCCAGCAAAGGUAUACCGAAAGGAUCCAUAUAUUAACGAAGAAGUGUCCAGACCAAGCUAUGUCUUAAAACAGCCAGCAAUUAAUCACCCAGUACAGAGACAGGAAAGAGACCCAAAUCUCAUCUAUGAAUCCCAGGCUCAGUAUGCAGAAAAACAACCAAGUAGGGACUAUGAACAGUCAACAUACAGGUAUGAUUCUGCAAACUAUGUAGAUCAAUUUUCUCGUGGUUAUGACCCUCGCCUACAUUAUGAUGACCGUGUGCCUCCAUAUGAGGAGCACUGGGCAUAUUACGAUGAAAAACAGCCCUACAACCAAGCAAGAACAGCUUAUGAAAACCAGCCUCCUAGGGAUCUUGAUUCCAGACAAAAUAUAGAAGAGAGCACAGAACGCAGCUAUUAUCCAGCACAACCUCGUUUUGAGGAACCCCCUCCAAUGAGCUAUGAUGGCAGACCUCGCUAUGAGCAUGCACCCAAAAACUUCAGCUUAUCACAAGUGCGAUAUGAAGAUCAACAUACUGUUGGAUAUGACACACAUAGUAGAUACAAACAAGAAGCUCAGCCAUACCAGUCAGCCAUAUCUCGAUCUCCUGAACUGAAGCAGUACUUUGAGCCACAUAUAAGGGGCUAUGAACAAGGUCCUCCUCAAGCUUAUAAUGCUAAAGCUGGACAAUAUGAGCCUUCUCAUAGCUCUUCAGGUGUUUCUCUUCCUCCUCCUCCUUCAUCACAAACCAAACCAGAAGUUUUGCCUUCUAACAGUAAACCACUGCCUACACCACCAUCUCUAGCAGAGGAGGAAGAAGAUCCAGCCAUGAAACCGCAGUCUGUGCGAAGUAGGGUUAAGAUAUUUGAAAGACGAAGAUCACCAUCUUUGGAAAAAAUGAAGGACCCAAGUGAUACAUCAGCUGUCAAGCCUCCAGAACUAGCGCCUAAGCCUGCACUCGCAACUGUGAGUGGUCCAAAACCAACUUCUCAAAGCCAGUAUGAACACGACAAAACAACUUACAGGGCCCCAGAACCACAGAGACCUCAAGUGAAGCCACCUGAAGAUAUUGUGCGUUCAAAUCAUUAUGAUCCUGAAGAAGAUGAAGAGUAUUAUCGAAAGCAGCUCUCGUACUUUGAUCGCAGGAGUUUUGAAAAUAAGCCAUCUGCGCAGGUUACUGCCAGCCAUCAUUCUGAGCCCACUAAACAUUCGCAGAAUCAGCUGAAUUUCACCAAUUAUUCUAAGGGGAAACCAGCUGAUACUGAAUCAAUGGAUAGGCCUAUUGGUGAAAAACGCUAUGAGCCAAUCCCUCAAGUUACAACUCCUCCUCCUGCUCCUUCAGUCCAGUAUACACAGCCUCAGUCGAUUAAUAGUCCUGUCCUGUCUCUCCCAGCACAUCACAAGCCUGUGCUUUCUGAAG